AUGGCGGCGUCACCAGCCCUCGAACAGCACCUGAGAAGCGUCAUCCCCCAGGCCGAACGCUCGGCGCUCCGCGAGGAUGUGAUCCCCAAGAUCCUCGGCGCCAUCGCCGGCAUCGCCAGCACGCUGCACGCCUCCCAGCACGUCUCGCUGGCCGGGACCGCCAACGCCUUUGGGGACGACCAGCUCAACGUCGACGUGCUGUCCGAGAACGUCAUGCGGGAGGCCAUCGCGCGGUGCCCGUCCAUCGUCACGGCUAGCAGCGAGGAGGACCCCGUCGAGAAGCCGGCGAGGCCAAGCGGCGAGGCGGCCGGCACCCUUUCCCCUGCAACCACGUCGGAAGAGUACACCGUCGCCUUCGACCCCCUCGACGGCAGCUCCAUCAUCGCGCCCAACUGGACCGUCGGCACCAUCGUCGGCAUCUGGGACGGCCGGACGGCGGUGGGCCAGCUCCCCGCCGAGAAGCAGAUCGCCGCCAUCAUGGGCGUCAUCGGGCCCCGGAUCACGGCCGUCGUGGCCCUGCGGAUCCCCGGCACCGGCACCGGCACCGGCGCGGGCCCGGACGCGGACCCGGUGUGUUUCGAGAUCGGCUUCGGCCCCAACGGCGUCGCCGACUGCGAGAUCAUCCGCGCCUCCGUCCGGUUCGCCGACGCGCCCUUCAAGACGCGCUACUUCGCGCCCGCCAACCUGCGCCACGCGGCCGACGACGAGCGGUACGGCGCCCUCAUCGCCCGCUUCAUCCGGGAGAAGUACACGCUGCGCUACUGCGGCGGCCUCGUCCCGGACAUCGUGCACGCGCUCGUUAAGGGCCACGGCGUCUACGUCUCGCCCGUCUCGCCCGGCACCCUCCCCAAGCUCAGGUUCCUGUACGAGCUGUACCCCAUCGCCCUGAUUGUGGAGUGCGCGGGGGGCAAGGCCAUCGACCCGGCCGACGGCAGGCCUCUCCUCGACAAGGCGUCGGUUGACUGCGACGGGAGGGCCGGCUUGAUCUGCGGGACGGCGGAGGAGGUCGAUAUCGUGAAGAGGGCUUUGCUGGAUUGA